AUGGGUGGCACAGCAAAAGUUCUUUUGCUUAAAAACAAAACUUGUCCAAUAGACCCUUAUCAAACCAUUUUUGAAGAGAAUGGGUUCACUCCUGUGUUUGUUCCCUUGAUUGAACAUAAGCACUUACCUCAUGAGUGCUUAGCACUGUUCCAGGAUGACAAUUAUCUGCGCCAGUUGCGCCAUAUUGUCAUAAGCUCGCAACGUACUGUCGAAUGUUUGAAUGAAUCAAUAAUCCCAAGACUCACGGCCCAGCAACGUGAUGAUUUGCACAACAAGGUAGUAUACACGGUUGGCCCUGCAACUGCCUCAUUUCUUGAGAGAUGCGGGUUCAAAAACGUCAGAGGCGGAAUUCACGCCGGGAACGGUGACAUCCUCGCAGAUUUGAUAAUAGCUGAGCUGAAAGGGGACGAAAGUUCAGACGUUUCGUGUUUGCCUGAAAUUUUACUUCUUGUGGGGGAAACUCGAAGAGAUAUAAUACCGAAAAAGCUGACGUCAGCUGGUAUUAGUUCCCGGGAACUCGUUACUUACCAAACCAAAACUCUUGACGACAACUUUCGCCGUUUUGAACAAUGUUACAGCCCACAUUCUUGGGUUGUAUUCUUCAGCCCACAAGGUGCUGGAGAGAUUGUCGAAUACUUACAAAGAAAUCCCGUCAACGUGGCAUGCAUUGGUCCCACUACGGAGAAAAGCCUGUCGAAGAAAGGUCUCAAUCCUACGGUGGUUAGCCAGAAACCGGAGCCACACUCUCUCUUAGAGUCCCUGGAAUCUAUAUAA